AUGGCUGACGAAGAACAAGCUCCUGUUGCAGACGAAGCUGCAGCUGCAGAAGCCCCUGCGGCUGAAGAGGCCCCUGCUGCCCCACCUGGUGAAGCUGAAGGUGCUCCAGCCGAUGCUGCAGCAAAUGCGUGAGUAACACCAGCUACACCCGGAGGUCCACAAAUAGUACCACCGGUGACUGCAGCACAAAGAGCUGCCCAAGAUCCACUCAACACAGAAUUUUUAUACUACAGCUCGGUUUUGAGAAUACUUGGUCCUACUCUGACAAAGGAAGAUGAUCGGAAUUAUAUAAUACCAUGGAUCAGGAAAUUGUUCAGGCCGGAGUAUCAUAGCUCGAAAUUGAGAGAGAAACGAAAUCGAUAUCUGGCCUACCUGUCCACCUCACUGCUUCUCGACCAGGCCAUCGGCGUCUUCCGCGGUUUCCCUCCCGAUGGGGCGCUACCCGACUGCGAGGCCCUUGUCCCUCCCACGGUCCAAGCAGCAGAAUGGGAGGUGGACAAAAUGUGGCAGGACACGCUGCAAGGGCUGCCAGGGGACUUCCGCAUGCUGGAGUGCUGCGUUCAUGCGGAGGAAGCGGAGUGCAAGGCCGACCAUCGGUUGGACAAGAUAUUGGAUCAAGAAUUCCAACUGUUCCUAUACAUAGCGAGACCGUACGCCUUCUUGAUAAGGAUUGGAAAUGAUCGAACAAGAAUAGCUGCAUGGCUUCAGAUGCUCUGUUCUAUCCAAGGAAGGGAGUCUUGCUCAAGUAUGAAAGCUAUCAGAAACGAUUACAUGAUGGCACUUUUAGGGUACCUUCAAGACUUGCGUUCAGUCGGUCCUUUCGCAGAACUACCGAGCUGGAAAACUUUGACGCCACUGGCUGAAGCUGCUAAAAAUGCUGCUGAGAACAAACCGAUCAUCGACCCGACUGGCUCAGAAGCAAACGAAUUCCUCAUAAACCAGCCGAUGCCUGAUGACGGUGCUUUCUGCUACAUCGCAUUGAAUGGAGAUUUGGUAUCGAGCAAUCUGAUACCAACCUAA